UUUUUUAGUGAUUAAUAUAAACUUAAAGUAAAAGAUAAAUACAGCUGUGAUUAACACAGUUAUAAUCUGAAAAUAAUUAGACUUCAAAUAAUGUAGAGUUCAUCUUAAAAAUAGAUUUACAUUCAAUAAGUGCAAAAAGAUGAAGCUUCUUCGAAGGAAUUAGAGGAAUAAAUGGCUAGCAAUUUAAUGAGUAGCAAUUAAUAAUAAAUUCAUAAAUAAGAAGCACCUACAAAAAGUCUACUAUUAUCAAACUAAUAGAAAGGGACUAGUUUAGCAAGUGUUACAUAAAUAAGUAAAUUACUUGAUGAUUAUGGUUAAUAUUUAAAUCUACAAACAUCAAAACUAAAGUCUACUCAGCAAUCUUCUAAGAAUAAUCUACAGCUACCAAUUAAGAGAGUAUUUGAGAAUAUGAUCAGCCCUCUUACAAAUCAGCACUCAGCAAUUUAAUCAAACCUAAAUUAAACUUCACUUUAAAAUAAUCACAGAAAAAAAUUUAGAAGUAACUCAAAUCAUCAGCCAUCAUAAAAUUAUUAAUUUCGUUAAGAUGUAGGCCAUAAAAAUCGAAGCAAUAAUUUCGAUUUAGAAAUGAUUAAUAGAAUUAAUGCAAAUAAAAUAUAUUAGAUUUUUGCUAAUUAAAAUGCAAAUGAAGCAAAUGGCUCUUUUACAAAUUUAGAAUAGAAUAAUUUAGCUGAUAUGAACAUGAUUUAACAGCUUUCAAAUAACAGAAUAGAUACAAUUAAUAAUGAAAAUAAAUAAAUUACAAACGUAAGUAAGUUACCUGUGAUCAAUUCUCCUCGAGUAAAACAUUGCUAUCUAAGUCCAAAAAGUAAACUUAAAAGCCUCACAAAAAGAGAUUACAAUAAAUAAAUAUCAUAAAAUUAUGAUAAUGAUUAAGAUUCUUCAUAAAGCUUAAAAAUUAUUAAAAGAGAGUAACCAAAUACUACAAGAAAUUAGUAGAAUACAAUAGCUUAUAAAAGAAAAAUAAAGCUACAAGAUGAUUUGUUUAUUGAAUAGGAGGAUACAACUAAAAUGAGCAAUUCAUCGCCAGCCAAUAGCCCUAAAUAGCACUUUAAAGACAAUUCCAAUUAGCAAGGUUAUUCAAACCUUUUAAAACAAAACACUAAGGUUUGCUAGCAAUUUAUUGUUCCAAAAAUUAAAUUUAAAUCCUACUCAUCGAAGAAAAACUCAAAUAAUCAAUAGGAAAAUUCUGAUGAAAAUAGCAAAGAUGAGAUAAAUUCCUUUUAGUAGUCACUUGCAAAUUAAUAAGAUCCAAGCAAUUUUAAUUUUAUAAAUCUUUGUGGUAACAACUCUAUUUUUAAUAGUUAAGCUAUACCUUCUCCUAGAAAACAAGCUGAAGAGUAUUUAGAUAGCUAUAUUAUCAAACAAAACAGAGAUAGAUCUAGCAAAAGCAGAACAAGUUAGUCAAAAUAAAAUAGUUAAACAACAAGAUUCUUACCAUAAAUUAAUUCACCAACUAAUUUUUAGAAUGGAGAUGGAUAAAGCAUGACUAUAAAUGGAUGCUAAAAUAACUAGUCUUCUCUGAUUGAAGAAUAAAUAAAACAGUCAAAAGAAAUAUAUGGUAAAAAGUAUUUUAAAAACUUAAAGAUUGAAAGUUUAAUAAAAGAAUAUGAAAAAAGAAGUAUAAAGAGUAUUUUUGAUAUGUAAAUACCUGUUUCAUCAAAGAAGAAUAAGUAAGAAAUCUAUAGUGCUCUAGAAGAAAAAAAGUAAAAAGAAUAAAAGCUAGUAUCUUAAAACCCCUAAAAUAAAAGUGGUAAAAGUGAUAUACUAAAAAAUAACAAAGAACAUGAACAAAAAUUAUUGUAAAAUAUAUAAGGGUAACUAAGUAAGAGUGCUCUAACAAAUAAAUUAGAAUUAGACCUAAAGUAUUUUAGAGAGAGAACAAAGAGUAGCCUUAUCAGAGGAUAAUGUGAAAUGCUUUAAUAAGAGUUUAAGGUAGAUUCUUAGUCAGUUGUAUAGGGUUAUGCAAUUUAAUAAUAAAAUACAAUCUAAAAUUAGUUAUCUAAAAACAUAAAAAAUAAUGCUUUUAGUGAUUAUGGAAUUAGUUAAUUUGGUAAUCAAAAUUAUAAUUUAAAAAAUAAUUAACAAAGUUUAAAUGCAUACAUCAAAAGAGGCAGUAAUUCAUUAGAUAUAGCAACAAAUUAAUAAAUAUAUAAUCCUAAUUAAGACUUUAGUAUUUUGACUCACAAGAGUACAAAAUAAGCUUAAUAAGUUUAAGAAACUAACAACAGCGAAUAAUACAAAGAAGAAAAAGAUAUAUUAGAUAAUUUUCUCAAAAGCAUAAAGAAAAAGUAGGUAAAAACAAUAGAAUAUUAAAGUUCUUAAUAGCAAUCUCCUUUAAAGUCAGAUCAUAGAUAAUGUUUAAUUAUUAAUCCUAUUUAACCAGAAACUUUAGUAGAUUAAGAUUAAGAAAAAUUAGAAAUUUAAAUUUAAGAGGGUUUAAAAAAAGAUUUAAAUUCAUAAAAAAUCUGUGCUAUUAUGCCAAGUUCUACAAAGUCAAAAUAUAAAAAUAAAAAUAAAAAAUGGAAUUUUAAUUAAAAAACAGUAGGUUAAGAAAAUGUAAAUGAAAAUAGUAAUGAAAUCAAUAAUAAUGGAGGAUGGGAAACAAAAACUAACAGUAACUUUGAUUAAUUAUACAGUUUAUUUUGA